AUGGACGAAUCCGACACCAGCCGCGCAGAAAGUCCUAGGGAGCAGAGGUGGUCGCUCCGAGACUUCGAUAUCGGUAAACCCCUUGGCAAAGGCCACUUUGGCAAAGUAUACCUCGCCCGCCUCAAAUCACCUACAAACCCCUUCGUCCUCGUACUCAAAUGUUUACCGAAAGAUGCGGUCCUGAAGGAGGGCGUGACGAUACAGGUGAGGAGGGAGAUAGAGAUAAUGCAGAGCUUGCGGCACCCGAACAUCAUACAGCUGUAUGGUUGGUUCCACGAUGAUACUCGUAUCUUCCUCAUGCUCGAGCUCGCAGGUCAAGGCGAGGUCUACAAGCACCUGCGGAAAGCGGGCAAGUUCUCGGAACGGAGAAGCAGUUCAUAUAUACGUCAAGUAGCAGAUGGGCUAGCAUACCUGCACGCGAAGGACAUCAUUCAUAGGGAUAUCAAGCCCGAGAAUCUACUUCUAGGGAGCGAGGGGCAGAUAAAGAUCGCCGAUUUCGGCUGGUCGGUCCGCAUGGAAGCAGACAGUCAGAGGACUUUAGCUGGGACAUUGAGCUACGUAGCUCCAGAGAUGAUCAUGGGCCAGCCGUACGGGAAGGGUAUCGAUAUCUGGGCUCUAGGUGUUCUCACUUAUGAAUUUAUCACUGGAGAAGAGCCAUUCGGGACCGAUACUUCCAGCGGGACAAGAUUCACCCAAGCGAGAAUAUGCCGUGUGGAUCUGCGCAUACCCGAGUAUGUCUCUGCGGAAGCGAGAGACCUCAUUCACAAACUACUCCAGCUCGUCCCCUCGGAACGGCUUCCUCUGGCGAUGAUACCGGACCAGCCAUGGAUCGCUCAACACCACCAAUGA